UAUUGCAUUGGGUGCUUGUAUUACCAAUAAUUCAUUUCAAUUUUUGUAUAUUUCCUUGCUUUUAACAACUUUUGCUAUGUUCAAAACAAUGUUUGGCAAUCGCCAAAAUACCAACUCGGCGCAGCAAAGCGGCAGUAAAAAACUAUCCGAAAUAUUCCAGGAGCGCGGAUAUUUGUUCAUUUGUGAGUUCUGUGAACUCGAAGGUGCCAAAACUUUGUACACUUAUCCCGAAUUCACCCAGAGCAAUUUGGGCGAAAAUUCCGAAGAAUCCUGCAUCAAAAAACGACUGGCGAGAGAGUUUUUGUCGAGCCACCCUUGUAUUCCAGCGAGUGAGGGGAAUUUGUCUUUGAAAAAUGAAGCCCAGUUUUAUAAAGAAAUGGAAAUAGGCGGCAAACAUGACCAGAUAAUGACGGAUAACGGCAAACCACUGAUGCUGUAUUGCCUGGGCACACUUUUCAAGCUCUAUGACUUGCAUGCGCGCGGAAAUGUGAAAGCUUGUUGCAUAGUGUUCGUAAGUUCCGACUUUGACAAAAUGACAGUGGCGAGACGUCACUGGAUGCAGACCCUGAGGGAGCUGGUUGAAGAAAUGAAAGAAGCCAACCUUGUGUUCCAUUUUUAUCAACUCAAGGAAUACAUCAAAAAGUGCGAAGAGUUUCAUCAUUCUGUAAACAAGUAUUCCGAGAAACGAACGAAGCUAGAAAAGGAUGGAUAUAGUGCCGACUAUUAUCACGACGAGGAGAACAAAACGAGAAUAGCUCUAAGAAAAUUGAGAAUGGCAAUUUACGAACAAUACUUCUGUGGUUACCGUGAUGAUCAGUUCAAGGAGAAACCCAAUAACACUAGCCUCGAAAAAGAUUUACUUGAAAAACUACACAGUAUGCAUAAAGGUUGUCGGGCGGCUAGACGAGAGUUAGUCGGAAAUGGCGAAUCCGAAUCCUCAACCGAAACCGAAUGUCCUAUGCAAAAGUGGCCCAACAGAGGCGACAUUGACAAGGACAUGGAUAAUUUCCGAAUUCGAAACUUUGACAGUCUCCCGAAGUUCGAUGUCCUCCUCGGCUGCAAGAGUUCCCACAUUUUAAAGUCGGUAGCGCAACAUGCAAAAAUAUUUGACACAUGCUGUGAGAUGUUUUACAUUGAUAAUAACGACACCGAAUUUGGUAAGUUCAAAGAUCGAAAGCCGGAAAGACAUGAAAUGGGAAAAGCAAACAUUGAACGGGAAGGAUUCGCCUUCGGAUCUGUUGUUUACUCAUUGUUUGCGAACCACCUGGCGAUGGUUAAACACGAGAAGCCGACCAUAAGCCGAAGUCGGUUCAAAUCUGUAUGCAGCAGCAGUUUCAAAAGCGGUACAAAUAGUUUGAAAGGAAGUUCUAGUGAUUUGUUCACGGCUGGCACUAGUGGAAGCCAUCUAACUGCUCUAGAUUCGGACCAGGUUAAUAACCAAUCAACAUCUGAGUUCAACUUAGCACUUAGUGGGACACCGGUUGAACCCACUCCUGAAGAAAAUGGCCAUGAAAACUAUGUAGCAUAUCGACCACAAAUAAUUAACCAGAACUCAGUGGAUCCGAAGCUUCUGCAGCUGCAGCCAAAUUUACCUGCAGAAGUUUCCGAAAUUGUAAACAAUGACAACUUGAAUUACAAACCUAAGAAAGGAAAUCAAGCGAGCAGUGCUGAACGAAAACCAGAAACGAACCAGUCAAAUAUAAGGUCACUGAAGCCUUGUAACCACGUGUCACAUGGUAAACGUCUUUGUCAUACGGCCGGCAAAAAGCUUUCAAAGCUCAGCUUCUCUGACAAAGGAUUCGCAGAGAAAUUGCACAAACAACCUAGCGAUCUGCGGGUGCUGGUAUGCUGUGCAUUAAUCGGCCAGCCAGUUUGUCUGACUGAGGAAGAAGGCGGAGGAAACAAUGAGAUGUUGCCAUCAGGUCAACUACAACAGCUGUUGGAUUUCUUCGUCAGUUUUCUACCAAAUGCAGCAGAUAAAAACUUCUUCUGGCUCAACAAAAACGUUGACAAAGAUCUGAGGAUUCUUCAGCCCCGAUAUUUUGGUGUGAAGAAGCUGAAAGAAUUUGGAAAGAACAAUCUUCCAGCUUGCGCUUUGACAGGUGCUCAAACUUUUCAAAACUCAUCACGAAAAAGCGCGGGGAAAUUAAAGUUAUUUGUGCCCUCAUUUGAACUUAAAAGAGGUACAAUGAAGACAUCGUAUUUUUUGGUGACUGAAACCGACAAGCAUGUUGAAGGAGCCAAUCAUCAGUCUGAGGAAACCGCCCUCUUUGUUGAUCAGUUUUGCGCCUCCUGGGACAUGUCUUCGGGAUAUCAGUCAUUUUUGUACCAGGCCACAUAUCUUCUUCAGCUCAUGCAUUUCAUCAACUAUGCUUUUAUUCUUUUGAUCCGCAAAGGCAAGUGUUUCAAAGACAUUUUCGAGGAUGAAAAAGCGAAUCCAAGUCUAUGUUUUAAAGGCCUGCUCGCAGUUUCACUGAAUGAUCAGACGAUAUUUUAUCAACUUUUAAACACUCUGAUGGUAUUUCUCUAUGAUCAAAAGGAGGACGAAAUGCCCCGAUUUCAUUGGAUGCCGAGCUUAAACACGCGACUGAUUCGCACGUAUAUCUUAAAAACGCAAAAAUAGAGCUUAAUUUUAACCCCUGACUAUUUGGAAGAUGAUGAUGAAGAUAAGAUGAUGAUCUGCAAACAAAAUAAGACCACAAAACCAUAUCCAUCCAACUUUUAAAUAAAUAAAUAGAUUUAAUUAACAGUGAUUUGAUACUUAAUUUUGAUAUUUUCAGCGAA